AAAGUUAUUAUAUAAUCUACCUGGAGAAGAAUGUAUUUAAUUUUGUAAAUACAAAUUAAUUAUAUAACAGAAAACAAAUAUUUUUCGAGAAAAAAUUUCUUGCCUCAACGUAUUGGUUCUUCUAAAAGAAAAGAUUCAAAUUUAUUUCGAGGUUAGAUUUCAUCACGUGACCAGUACUGGACCAAUAAGAGACGGUUAUUUUGAAUCUGUAUUCAUCCAUUGGUUGCUCUGAAUUUUACAGGUGUUGGUACACAUGUAUUGAAUGACGGUUGAACAAAACAUAAACACAUUUGUCAUUCUCGUAGUUUUUUUUCAACAAAUUCAUUAAUUAUCUGAAAUUUUAAAGGAAUUUGACUAAUUCUAUAAAGUUCUGAAUUUUAGAAGAAAAUAUAUGUAAUGAAAAUGUAUUAUUCAUUACUUUUAAUAUUUUUAACAUUUUCAACAUGUCAUGUGGAAUCAGCGAUUCUUAGUUGGAUAUGGGACAGAGGACAAAAGGAAUCAACAACUUUAGUUUCAGAUGGUGUACCUUUAAUUUCAAUUCCUUAUGAAUCAUUGACAGAUGAUGAAAAAUUUCUCCAGGAAGCCGCUAAAUUUACAGAAAUGCAAGUUUCUUCACCACUCGAAACAUGUUAUCAUAAAGUAGUCAUGAAAAUAAGAUCAUCUUGCAAUGAAAUGUCUGAAGAAGAUUUGGCCAAAUUAAGUGUUAAUUUGCUUAAUUGUCAAUCAUUAGUUGAAGGGAGAAAAAUUUAUCCUUGUACUCAAGACAUGUCUUUGAAACAAUGUACUACGGAGAUGGACGCCGAUAUGUGGAACGCUUACCAUUUAAUGAGUAAUCGAGCAAGAGCAGUUUGUUAUUCCGCAAGGAACUUACAAUUUCGUGCAUUAACUGAAUUAACUGUUAAUAAAUUAGUGCAAACAACUCAUUCGCAAAUCAAAGCUCUGGAAAAUUUACAGGAAAAUCAAGAAAAAUUGGAAAAAGAAACAAUGGACGCAUUAUCAUUAAUUGAAAGUGGAAAUAAAAAAUUACUCGAUCAACAUAAUCUUGUGGCGUCUAAUCUUCGUGAAUUGACAAUGGAAAAGGCUUUAAUUCGUUUGGGACAUGCGAAACUCGUUACAAUGACUGAAGAUAUUAAAGAUAAAUUAGUGAAAGCAAAUGACGAUAUAUUAAAACAAGAAUCUGAUCGUAAAAUUAAUCAUCAAGAAGUGAUGGAUGAUUUAUUGGCUAUACAAGAUCGUGCUCAAAAACUUUGGGAAAGAUUGGAGAGUAGUACAAAUAAUAUUUUACAACAAAAUCAAGAAGCCGCGAAUCAAUAUAUACGAACAUUAGAACAACUCGAGCAGAUUAAUAAAACAGUUAAUUUUGUUUGGAAUCUAACUAAUAUGAUGCAUACGCAAGUGGAUGAGAAAUUAGGCUGGAUUACUGAUUAUAUUAGUAGUACAGGUUUACAAAUGCAAAAAGUUUACCGUACAUUUUUGCAUAUAAUUUACAUAUUGACUGCCAUGAUUGUUGCCGGAUUUUUACAAGCACCAUUUUUAAUGAGAGUGACGAUAAUGGGAAUAAUUCCCUUAAAUUUGACCGCUUAUUUGAAACAUGGAAUGGAAGCGUCUCUAGAUUUCUUUUCAAUUACUGCUCUCAUUAUUCUAAUUACAAUGAUGCAUUAUGUAAUGAUUAUUGUUCAGUACAUUUUUGGACCAAAGAAGACUGAAUCAAAAAAUUUUCAGCGUGGGAUGGAUAAUGAAAAUAAAGAGAAUGGCGUUUGUCACAAUAGCUCAAACGAUAUGGCUAAUUUUACGAAACGACCAUUUCUCAGUGCAAUUUCUUCAGCUUGGUAUUCAUUUUACAACAGAAUACACUACACUUUCAACACGGCUACAAGGAAAAUUUUAAAUAUCUUUCAAUCAUUGAGUGACCAUACCAAACAGUCGAUAUUACAACAAGAAGAACUUUCUUGCUCUUAUAUGUCAAAGAAAUACGAUAGUUUCGUGACUUUUGAUUCACCAACUAAUAUUUCUGAUGAUCUUUCGGAAUCUGAUUUUACGCCCAAAAAUUCGAUAAAAGAAGAUAAUUUAUGGACUAUGCGACAACGACACAAUAUUUCCCGAAGUAAAACUCCCAUGGAUAGUAGCGGUUAUGGCAACAGAUGCUGUGAAUUAACUCGAAGUGGCAAACCAUGUCGAGGAAAAGCAAUGAAGAAUCUCAAUUAUUGUCGAAUUCAUUUAUUAUCUGCUUCACCUCCAGUCAAGAUUUAAUUUUUAUUUGGAUAAUAUUUUUUUUACGCCAAAAAUUGAAAAUGGAAUUUUCAAUAAUUAUCAUUUUGAUUAUUAUUCAAGUGAGUUUUGUACAAUUAUAUAAUAUUUAUUUUUAAAUGACAAGCACAAUAUUUCAAUUUUGUGCUACCGCUAAAUUGUAUAUACAUAUAUAUAUAUAUUUACUUUAAAUUUA